AUGGAGCUGGCCAAUUGGACCAAGGUCUCCGCGUUCUUUCUGAAAGGGUUUUCUGGAUACCCAGCCCUGGAGCACCUGCUCUUCCCUCUGUGCUCAGCCAUGUACCUGGUGACCCUGCUGGGGAACGCGGCCAUCGUGGCGGUGAGCGUGCUGGAUGCUCACCUGCACACACCCAUGUACUUCUUCCUGGGCAACCUCUCCAUCCUGGACAUCUGCUUCACAUCCUCCUUUGUGCCCCUGAUGCUCGUCCACCUCCUGUCGGUCCAGAAGACCAUCUCCUUCAUCGGCUGCGCCAUCCAGAUGUGUCUGAGCCUCUCCACGGGCUCCACGGAGUGUGUGCUGCUCGCCGUCAUGGCCUACGAUCGCUACCUGGCCAUCUGCCAGCCACUCAGGUACCCCGUGCUUAUGAGCCACCGGCUCUGCUUGCUGCUGGCAGGGGCCGCCUGGGUCCUCUGUCUCUUGAAGUCAGUGGCUGAGACAGUCAUCGCCAUGAGGCUGCCCUUCUGUGGCCACCACGUGGUCAGUCACUUCAGCUGCGAGAUCCUGGCAGUGCUGAAGCUGGCGUGCAGUGACACGUCAGUCAACGAGGGCUUCCUGCUGGUGGGCGCCAUCCUGCUGCUGCCUCUGCCCCUGGCAUUCAUCUGUCUGUCCUACACGCUUAUCCUGGCCACCGUCCUGAGGGUGCCCUCGGCUGCUGGGCGCAGAAAGGCCUUCUCCACCUGCUCGGCCCACCUGGCCGUGGUGCUGCUUUUCUAUGGCACCGUCAUCUUCAUCUACAUGAAGCCCAAGAGCAAGGAGGCCCGUGUCUCGGACGAGGUCUUCACGGUCCUCUACGCGGUGGUCACGCCCAUGCUGAACCCCAUCAUCUACAGCCUGAGGAACAAGGAGGUGAAGGAGGCCGCCAGGAAGGUGUGGGGCAGGACAUGGACCUCCUGGUGAGCACGGACACGGCUCCGCAAGUUAGCAGGUGAGACCUUCAUCCGCCUACAGUGAGGACAGGGAGGGGUGCGGGGCUCUGGGUCUGGAAUCUUCAUCCCAGAAAGGCAGC